CAAAAAAUAGAUUAGAAUAUCAGAUGUGAUCCCUUUUGUGAAUAAAGGACAGACGUUUAUGUUUAAAGCUGCCUUUUUUGCUUCCCUUUUUUUAGAACGGAACUGUCGGUAUCAAAUGCUUCAUCGAUAAUGUGUCCAGAUGAAGAAGUGGAAAGCUUGAACACACAAAAUGAUGAUACCCAGGGGUCAAGCGAAGUCCCUGUGACGACAAACCCAGUGGUAACUCAGCCUGGUCCUGGCCUCGCUACAACCACCAUAACCACCAUGACACAAAUGGGGGGAGACUGGAGCACCGGCCUUCUGGAUGUCUGUGGAGACAAGACCACAUGUAUCCUUGGGGCACUGGUGCCAUGCUAUUUAGACCUGAGUUUAGCCCACCAGUAUGGGGAAUGUCUGUGCAUGCCUCUCCUACCGGGAUCCACUUUUGCCAUCAGGGUUGGGAUCAGGGAGCGCUACAAAAUACGGGGAAGUGCGUGUGAGGACUGGUGUGCAGUGUAUUGCUGUUACCCUCUGGCUGUAUGUCAGAUGAUAAGAGAGAUGAAGCGCAGGAUGAAGACCCAGACAUAUCAAGUGUCUACAGUGACGGAAUCCCUGUGAAAAAGCUGUUGACCGUACCCUUUUUCCUCUGUGUUGACAUUGCAACAAGGAUCAGUGAAAUCAGAUUAGCAUAAAUUAUCAGUGCCAUAAGAUUUGGGUAUUUGAAAACCCA